AUGGCUUUCUCCAUUGUUUUAUCUACGGUAUGGCUGCUUUUUGUAUCCGUCAAUGCUGCACCUAAACAUGACUGGAGCAUACAAAUUCCUCCUGAGUGUCAAGGAGUGGAAGGUUUUUGCUCCGUCAGACCUGAGGGUUACGACGAAAUCGAGAAGAAAUUUCAAGAACUUCUGCCUCCCUUUAUACAAAAUUUUGACAGCAGGUCCAGUGACGAGACUUUCUCGCCAGAUUUUGAUAAGAAUGAUAACUGUCCUUACAAAUCUUCGUGGGAGUCAGUUUACACCUACAUGGAUGCUAGCCAGGCCGAACCGAACAUCAUCGUACAGACUAACAACUUUCCACAAAAGUUUAAGAAGGUUCUGUGCAAGUCGACUUAUAAAGGCGAGACUGGCAUCGGGAAGCAAUGCUUCACUAAAUUGGGACUCGGUGUUUUCGAAAAAAAGUUUGAAUGCCGUGAAACUAAAGCUACGCGGAGUCUAAUCGUUUACGAUCCUAAAACCCAUACCCUUAAGCCAAAAACGUUCUAUAUACCAGUUAGCUGCUCGUGCCACGCAAUGUCUUUGUAAAAUCACUUCAGAAAAAGUUUCGAUUCAUCAUCAUUACCGCAGUCACAGGAAGUCCAUUGGCCUCCGCCAUUGACUUCUGAAAGGACCGUUCGGUAAAAGCCUGCCUAAAGUAAAGUAAUUUCGAUGUAAUUAAAGACUUUAUUGACGACAAUGAUACAUGGCAUUUUCUUAAUGUUAAUACUUGAAUAAUGUGAAUUGACUUCUUUGAUUGAUUAACUUAGUAGCAUUAAUUUAUAUAAAAAAGUAAUCGUAUUACUUUCUAGCUCAAUUUGCACUGUAUUAUAUUCUUGUAGUUACCAUAAAAGAUUAGAGAGAAAAUUGUAAACGUUUCUAUACAUACAAAUACUGCUACUUCAUACUUACCUAACCGUAACAUAUUAAUAUGGCUUGUUGCUGUUAUCGAAGACUGAACCAAUGCAUUAUUUUUACCAAUUGACCAAUUGAAAUGUAUUAUUAUAUAUACCUAAGAUAUAUAAUUUAUUAUAAGUUAAUUACUUAAUAUUUAUUAAUUUUAAGAAUAUUUACUUGCAUAAAAUAAAAU